CUUCCAUCUACUUUCACCUUUGUUCAUCUGGCGUCAAACUAUACAAAGAACCAACCUCUCUCAUAGAACAUACAUAUUACCCAAUUGCCAAGGGAAAUGCGUCCAUCGCUGGACAUGUUUCUAAGAAGGUGGCAUGGCAUGUUGGGUCUAGCACGGCAAUCACCUCUAUGUUGGCACCGAGAUCGACUUCGGGAAGAGCUACAGGAACUCCGCAAGGCAAACACACCCUGGCAAAAGCUCAGCGAAACAUCAGACGUCUUUUUCUCGAUCAGUCGGGCUCGGUACGACGGGUUUCCCAUUAGGAGGCUGCCCCCCUUCGUUGCCUCUCGGCACCUCCUGGUAUAUGCGUAUAUGGUGGCAAAGUACACCUUGCGCUGGAAGUUCUAUCGAACGGUCGCUGCCAUCUGCAAUGCCCCCAAUCGGGGCUUAAUGCGUGAGGUAAUAAACCCCAACAAAGACCACAAGCUCGGCGAAGUCGCUUUACGCCAUGGAAUCGAUCCAGUAAAAUUCAAGCGAAUAUGCCUUCGGCUACGGCGCAUAUGGCCUCUUCUCCCAUAGGGAUUGGCUCAGUGGCACCUUGCGUAGCCCUGGUUGCCGCAGCUCGGAUGGGAUGGUAAUUGGAGCAGACAUUACGUUACAUGAUACUUUUAAUCAAUAUUUUAUGAUAGUCUAAUACUACAUUCUAAACAACA